AUGGCAACUGUGGAAAUGGACAAAUAUCCAUGGAUCAAACAGACAACUACUGAAAAGGCCGCAACAAUAGAGACUAAUUUUUUGUUAGGAUCUGGGGGAUCGUCUUCCGGUCGCAAACGCCGAGACACGACAGUAAGAGAUCGUGACAUUCUCUUCAUCGUAGACAGCAGUGGAAGCAUUGAUAGCCACGAAUACAACAUUGCCAAAACCAGCUUGGCAAACCUAAUCGGCAAAAUCUGCGGCAAAAUUGGUUUGGGACCGCAGAGUAAUAGGGCAGCUCUGAUUAUCUUCUCAAAUAAACCUCAGGAGAUUUUUGACUUUGAUGAUCACGACAAUUUGGCUGAUGUGCAGGCUGCCAUUCGCAACAUACCACAUAUUUCGAGUAACACCUGUACGGGAGACGCUCUGGAGUACGCAAAGACAAUGUUUACCUCGAGUAAAGGAGUUCGACCAGACCGGGAUUCUGUCAAAGAAGUGGUACUCCUCACAGAUGGCGGCUCCAACUGUGGACCUGACGCUGUGACGAAGGCGGCGGAGCUUCAGGAGAGUAAACGUGUGUUCGUCUUCGCUAUCAGUGAUUUCAGACCUGCAGGCAAGAAAGAAAUGGAAACGAUGGCCAGUCACCCGCCUUCAAAACAUCUGUUUCACGUGGGAUCGUUCUUACAAUUUGAAGACAUCGUUGUGACAGUCUUAGCCUAUCCAAAGAACUGUGCCCCUAUAGUGAUCAAUUAAAGCCCCUGUGAACUCAAAUCCUCAUUUCGAAAAACUCCAUCUGAACAAGCUAUUCCCCUUCCUGACAUAAGCUGGCUUCACACCACACAUAAUGCGUAUUCCUCGCACGUUGUCUUUUAAAUAUGCAC